CGACUUAGAGGCAGCUUUCAAUCCAUUUCUACUCAGGCAAACCUGAAGAUCGAUUUCUGCAAUGUCAACACUUCUCGGACUAGCAUACUCCAGCGAUGACGAUGAGGGUGACGACCAGGGCUCGCUUCCUCCACCACAACUCCCCGAGAAGGUGCUGGAUGCAACAGUAGCGAACGAUGGUCAGGUUGCGCUGGCUCAGGAGAGAACGAAUGGUACUACAAGCGAAUUCGCACUGCCGGCACUUGAAUACGAAGAAGCUGCAGGGCCGAUGAUGCCGUCAGUUGAAGAUGACGAACCCAGCCCACCAACCCGAGACUAUGAUCAUGAUACCCACAAUGAUCCAACAAAGCCACCACUAUCGCCUUUCUCUGCCAACCGGGCGAUGAUACAUAAUCUUACCGCACCGGCACCCCUCGCACGAAUUCCCGAUUCACCACCAGGAUCCCCUACUCAAUCCUCAGCCGACAAGGUCGAGCAAUUCCGAGACCUCAAAGCGGCAGGUGCACAUUUCAACUUACAGCUCGUACGGAACUCAGACUUCCGGAAUCCGAGGAUGUUGGAGACCAUGGCAGAGUACGUUGAUGUUCAUGAACAGUACGGUUCGAACUUUCCUCGCAACGUGUGGGACGUGAAGAACGUCCCCGAGGAUGGGUCGGCGGAGAGGUUGGCGGAGAGACAGAAACUAUGGGUCGAGGGUAUGUCGGAACGGCAAAAGGGCCGAAGACAGAUCGGCUUUGAGUCGUCGAGCAAUUCUGACCCGAAGAGUACGUCGGAGAGAAUCAAUGAAGCGCUCGCCAGAACAGAUCAAGAAGUUAAGAAAGAAACGGCACGGGGGCCGCAACACGAAAGGGGAAGAGAGCGGAAUCCUGGUCGGAGAAGAGAUGAUGGAGAUAGGCGGGAUCGAGACAGGUCGAGAUUAAGGGAGAGGUACCGGCGAAGAUCACGAUCAAGGAGUGCCGACACAUACGAUAAACGAAAGGAUGACUACAGCCGAAGACGAGAUGACCGAGAUAGGCGAGAAUACGAAAGAAGAGAUGAGAGGAGAGAUAAUGGGCGGGAUUACAGGAGGCUGGAUCGUUAUAGACAAUGAAGGUGCAGGAGCACUUCUGCCCGUCGGCUCUCCGGAUUCGCCGUACCGACACUCGCUCGGAAAAAUCGUUUUCGUGCACGUG